AUGAAAAGCAAAGAGCAUAGCCGAAAAUCUAGUAACAAAUUCGUGCGGUUCCUGAAAGCUCCUUUCAAGGCUUUGCGCAAAGCUAGGGAUGGUUAUAUCAGAAUUUUGACGAGUUGUGCUUCAAACAUGCACUACGGACUAUGUGCCAGUUACUUUCCGGGGCAAUUCUACGAGUUGCCGACAAGCUUCAGUGAAAGAUCGUCGGCAACAUCUGAUGUCAAGGAAGAAGCUGUUCUAAGGGAGCUGAUCAGGGCUGCGUCAAGCUCAAAGCGUUGGACCCAAACGGAGAUGUCAUCGCCGAAACAAUUGAGGAUGAAGAUGAGAUCAAGGGGGUUGCCAAAGAAUAUGGGUAGAAUCGAUGAAGACAAGCCUUGUGAAUUCGAAGACAACGAUGUUGUUAUUGUUGAUAGGAGGAUGAAGUUUGGUAUGAAAUCCCAGCAUCAGGAAUUUAUUCCCGUCUACAUUGCCAGGAAGUGA